AUGACGGUGUAUGGCAGUGUUGGUUCAGGUUCCUCUGCUGUGAAGCUGGGAGGCUGUCUGUGCUCUCCUGCUUGUGUGGUCAUCCUUGCUUGUUCAUUCGGUGCUUGGUUCUUUGACUGUUCAGCCACACUCACAGUAUCAAGCAUCUUCACUGCAAAGAUGGCAUUUUCUCUUGGCGUCUUCCUCCUGUGUGCGAUCUGUGGGGUGUUGAUUCAACAGGCCAGUGUUGAAUACAUCUACCAAAAGGGUCCCGAAACCUUUAAUGUAGCACAGGAAACAUGCAUCAAGCUUGGUGCCAUUCUGGUGUCAUUCCACAAUGACCUGGAAUACCAAGCGGUUCUUGAGGAGAUCUCCAAAAAUAAUGGCGGAGCCAUCGUAGACACCUGGAUAGGACUCAAAGACACCAUCCAGGAGGGUACCUUCGUUUGGACUGAUGGCACACCCUAUGGCAUACCCGAUGACCGUAGUGCCUUUGAACGCUUUCGUGUCAGAGACAAUGCUAAUUUAAGAGACUCCGUGUACAUUGGAACUGAUGAAAUGGGGCACGCUAGCAAAGGCCAUGUCCAGAGACCAUUUGUUUGCGCCAAAUAGUCUAAUGGACGACAGCGGCCCCUAACUACACCAGACAUGAGCAAACUAUGACUCUGCAUGUCAUAUAUUGGCCAAUAAGCGUUUCAAUCUGUCCCACGGAACGCUUCCAAAUUCGCUUUUACCGCCUUCAACAUUCAAUGCUAUUGAAUAAAUGGUUUAUGAAGCUGAAGCGCGGCGGCUGGGGUCUGCAGACUAGCGUGGUGGAGGACAGAAAAACAAGAUUUCUGCGACAAAGUUCUGUAGAAAAUGUCAAUUUUAUGGGACACUUAUGCGUUUGUUUUCUUGUUUGGCUGUGUUGUUUGUCACAUUUUUGCUGUGUUUGUGCUUGAUGGCAAAACAUGUCUAGGAGGUCGUCGCUUGGGCAUUCAG